AUGCUGAAUGACAUCACCAUGGUGACCUUCUCUGAAACAGCACAGGUCUCCCCUAUGGAGCUGCGUGAGCCACCCUGCCUGACCGCAAUGCUGUCUCCUGGACUGCGGCGAAAAAAGACACUGUGGCAGAAUGCUGUAAAACACAUCAUUAACCAGCAGGAGCUCAGUGAGCAGGUUGGCGUGGAACCAGCACGCAAAAUCUUUGUGACAGAUACCUACAUGCAGGAGAUCAACAGCCAGAUCCGCAACAAGGCCUUACGUGGGGUCACGAAACGACGCUCCUCCACAUUCAGAGUUCACCCUCCCCAUGUGCGUAAUUCCAGCGCACACCAAAGUAUCAGGGGUUCUUUUAACGUUUAUGCUAGCGAUGCCGACUUCUUCAUACACUGGGGCCACACUGUUCAUGGUGUCUACAUACCCACCCUGAGGCACACCUUCAAGUCCCGUGACCUGGAGAAACUCUACCAGCAACACUCUUGUCACCAAAGACGAAACUCUUUAGCCAUCACUAAUAUAAUCGAUGCGGUGGCUAAGCUACAUGUACUGGUUUUGUACCUGGCUUUGGCUCCCGAGGCCAUCACGGACACUCUACGUGGCUGCCUGACAGGCAUUUUCAUGGUGUUAGCUAUAGCACUGUGCAUUGUCGUGUUAACCUGUAAAGACUCCAUGUCCCCAAGGUGGCUUCAGUAUGCCGGCCUAGCAAGCUGGCUGUCACAAACCACGCAGGUUCUGGGAGGACUGGUGUAUGGACUGGAAAAAGACCCGUCCUGGUAUGUUUUGUUCACAUUGUUCGCCACAUACACGCUGUUGCCGUUACCUCUACUAUGGGCCAUGUGCGCCGGCUCACUCACCUCAGUACUACACCUCCUGGUGGAGAUAGUGCGCUACUACAAUGACGCUUUGCUUUUGAGAAAGGUGUUUGCCAAAGGCCUGCUGUACCUGGGUAUGAACACAGCUGGCUUGUUCAUUCACUACCUGACAGAUCACGCACAGAGACAAGUGUUCCUGGAGACGCGACGCUGCAUUGAAGGUCGCCUCAAACUAGAACAAGAGAACCAGAGACAGGAACGUUUGGUGCUGUCGAUCCUGCCCCGCUUUGUUGCCUUGGAGAUGAUCGCUGACAUGAGCUCUUUGGAGAAUGAACUCAAUCCUCAGGAGUUUCACAAAAUCUCAAUUCACCAGUACAAAAAUGUCAGCAUCCUUUUCGCAGACAUCAAGGGCUUCACUCUUUUGUCCAUGAACCUGUCUGCCCAGGUUCUGGUUCGAACUCUCAACGAGCUCUUUGGACGCUUUGAUCGUUUGGCAGAGGAGCACCACUGCCUACGAAUAAAGAUACUAGGAGACUGUUACUACUGUGUGUCAGGGGUCCCUGAGCCACAGCGUGCCCAUGCCCGUCAUUGCGUCGAGAUGGGUCUAGCUAUGAUCAACAAUAUACGGUGUGUACGAAAGCAGCUUAACUUUGACAUGGACAUGAGGAUUGGGAUCCACUCAGGCUCUGUCCUGUGUGGCGUGCUGGGACUGCAGAAAUGGCAGUUUGACGUGUGGUCCUGGGAUGUGGGCAUUGCCAACAUGCUGGAAGCGGGGGGCAUACCAGGGCGCAUCCACAUCUCAAGAGCGACUCUGGACUCUCUAAAAGGCACCUACAAAACAGAGGAUGGUCAUGGCCGUGACAGGAGCGAGUUUUUACGGAAACACAACAUCGACACCUUCCUCAUCUGCCCUGAGGAGGGAAAAUUUGAAGUUGACCACGCUGAGCCCCCCAAAGUCCAGAAAACACACCGAACAUGGGAGCCAGAGAUACCUUUUGGGAACGCCAUUGACAUGAAUAGUAUCUUGGCGUCCUUUACAAACGGCUCACUGCCCAACAUAUGGCAUUCCACCUCCAAGGAGAUUAACAAACGCAUCAAACAUGCCAUUGAGGUUCGAAGCAGCGAGCGCAUGCACAUGGAGCACAUCACUCCACUGACCCUGGUGUUCAAGGACACAGACAUCGAGGACAAGUUUUCCCAGAUGAGAGAUGAAAUGUUCAACUCCAACCUGGUCUGCUCCUUCAUCAUGCUCCUUUUUCUCAUGGCUGCCCAAGCCCUCAUCCCUGCCCCCAGUUUGUUUCCCGCCAUCCUCCAUAUUUCAGCUUUUCUGCUGGCCUACAUGCUGCUGCUGCUGUUGGCCCUAGCAGAAGAGUUCAAGUGGACUCCUUCGCUACUGCAACAAUUCUGCUGCUGGAUCCAUGAAAACAACAGUGCCCGCAACAUCCUCACCCUUACUGCCAUUGUCAUCAACUUUGGCCUUGUCUCUACUGACAUGCUAUGGUGUAUUCUCAUGGACACAGAUGAGGCUGAUGUAAUGGACAGGACCAGCACAGCUGCACAUACACUCACUGUCUGUACUUACCCUGAGAUCUUUGUGCUGAGUGGUGUGAUUGCCAUGGUGACUUGUGCUGUGUUUCUGCGUCUAAACUCGCUGCUGAAGCUGGCAGUGUUGCUGCUGGCGGUGGCUGUCUACUCCUACCUCAUCCAUGUGGCCUUCCUCAGUCUCACACGCCACGAUAUGCUGCACAGGACUCAUUAUGUCAGGAGAAAAGGAAUAUGCAUUCUUCUCAUGGCCAUGUUUAUUGUUGCUGUCUUCUACAAUGGACGUCAGUGGGAGGCCACUGCGAGGCUGGACUUCCUGUGGCGUCUGCAGGCCCAGCAGGAAGUGGAGGACAUGAGGGAAUUGCGGGAACACAAUGAGUGUCUAUUGCACAACAUCCUGCCUGUGCACGUGGCACGACACUUCUUGGACCGGAGCAUGAAUGAUGAGGAGCUUUACUCCCAGUCCUAUGAUGACGUGGGUGUUAUGUUUGCCUCCAUCGCUGGGUUCAACGAAUACUUUGAGCAGAAAGAGAUCAAACAUGAAGGAGUGGACUGCCUUCGACUAUUGAAUGAGAUCAUUGCUGGCUUUGAUGAGUUGCUGGAGGAGUCUUACUUCCACUACUUGGAGAAGAUCAAGACCAUUGGGAGCUGCUAUAUGGCAGCCUCUGGUUUAGCUCCAGACCGGCAGGAAUCUAUGGAUGAAUGGAAUCACCUGAGCGAGCUGGUUUUGUUUGCACUGGCAAUGCAAGAGACCUUGAAAGAGAUUAACAGGCAUUCAGCCAAAAACUUUGAGCUGCGUGUGGGCAUUGCCCAUGGACCAGUGGUUGCAGGCGUCAUCGGUGCCACCAAGCCACAGUAUGACAUCUGGGGAUCAACAGUGAACUUGGCCAGCCGCAUGGACAGCACAGGAGUAAGCGGACGCAUCCAGGUCCCUGAGGCCACACGGAAGAUCCUGGCAGAGUGGGGCUUUGUCUUGGAGCUGCGUGGAGAAAUCUUUGUCAAAGGGGUGAGUGAGAGCCAGGGGAAAGUCCGCACCUAUUUCAUCAGCACCAUGCGCAGUAAGAGGGCCAACAAUGCAACAGAUGGCCGCAUGGUGGGGAGGACAGGAGGGCGCAUGACGCUGGCAGGAGUGGUGUUUGGUCUUGUCCAAGCCAGACACAAGGAGAAGCUGAGAGAGACCAACGGGGGGUUUGUGUUGAAACCCUGCACCCUCGAGUGCUGA